CACGGCAUCGCGACGAUUGUUACGACAAUGUUCAUUCUUUCAUCUUCAAUCUUUAUUUAUCUCUUCACUUGUUGCCUUGCGAUUAUUGAAGAAAUUAUGCGGGAAAUUAUAAUAUUAAUGUAACGUUAUUGUUAUACACUUAUGAUAUUUAAUGGAAAGUUGCCCAAUUUCGGACACGUCCAAGAAGUAGUCAAGUUAAUUUCCACCUUCAAAUUUUCUGUUUUCUUUGUAUUCCUGAAUUAUAUUACUCGAGAAUUAUAAUACUCGAGAAGCGCGGCUUGAAAGGCAACUUUUUUUUUUUUUACUGUUAUUAACAGGAUUGAUAUACAUAGCCGAAUUAUAACUCAAGUUGACGUGACAUCUCGUUCACGACAGCAUGAUGAAGUGCCGCAAAAAGCAAAAUUUUUGGCGGUAUGCAACCGGCGGAUUGACAGCAAACUCGAUCAGAAUACCGUGGCAGAUCCGUAGCCAUCUGCAUCCUCAAUAAGUUCAUAUUCUGCCGGCAAAAUCUGCUGACACAACUUGACAGCAGAUUGAAAAAAGCGAGAAUCCGAGCAGGACCUGCAGUAUGUCCCAUUUGAACCCUUAGACAACAGAAUGUCUAAAAUCGAGACACAAGACACACCUUUAACCCGUCAGUUACCAAAUGAAUUGAAACCACAAAUUUCUGUUUCCUCUUAGGAAAUCUCACGUUUUGAAACCUAAGGAAACCAAAUUUAUAGGUUUUGAGUGUUUCAGAAAAGUGGUAAGUGAUAAAGUUUGGAAGGUUAUUUUUCGCUUAUGUAUCGCUUUUAUUCGGUGUUGAUAACUUGUUUUAGAGUCACUGGUAUCUAAACUGAACACUUAGAGCUAUGUUAUAGGUUAGCAGUGUUAUUUCGAUGGUUUAUAAGUCAAAAAUAUUGUGCCACCUGAAGGGUGCAUUGGGAACUGACGGGUUAAGACUCUUUAAGCCUUCAGAACAUCUUUCAAUUUUACAUUUUUCUAUUGUCUGGGAAAAAUAUUUAAGUGAUUACGACAGAUACAGCUCGGUCUGUAAUCAGUCUGUCAUCAUAUUCCAUCGUGGUGUCAGAGAUAUCGUUUUGUGUCUGCUGCCUGUUCAGUUACCCGAACCGUGUUCGUGUACAAUAUACAGCCUAGUGAUCGAGACGCAGUAGAGGAAUAUAUCUAUUUUGGUACGGCGCUUAAAACGGCUAAGUGUCACGGAUUGGUGAUAAUAAAGGUAUAUUUGAAAAAUGCAAAUUACACCGAUUUCAUAAAUAACUUGCUGUAAAAUUUCAUAGUUGAAAAAUAUAAUUGAGCUUCCAUCGAUACACGAUAUCGCGUCGGUAUUUUUAUUUUAUGCGAAAUUACACGUUAUUAUUAGUUUUGUCGGUCGUUUUACAGUGUUCGGUUCUAAUUUUGUAUUCUAAAUAUAUCACAAUAUAUGAGAAUAUGCCCGAAAGAACUCCGGGAACUUUCGGUAUUUUUAUAUCCGCGAUAUCUGCUACCGCGAAAUUUAACAUUCUCGUGAAUCCACGCAAAUUUACGGCUCGAGUGAAAUUAUCUUAACCGAGUUUUAAUUCCUCAGUUAUCUUCGCCGAGUUUUAAUACAGACCAACAUUUUCAGUUGCAAUAACAAAGAGAUCAUAUUUUUUUUAUCUGGCCUAUUCAGUUACACGAACUGAGAAUUUUUUCCGAGUAAUAUUUAUAAAAAAAAUAAAAAAUAGGAAAUCGAUUAAAAUAGCCAAUUCGUUGUUUCUCUCUUCAUGUAAAAAAUAAUUCUCUUGCGGAAAUAUUUUUUACACAAAAGAUUGUAUUUUGAUAAUUACUUAAUAUUUGCGACUAAAGACAUUGUGUGUGUUACUGGUUCUAAUUAAUAGCUAUAUACUGAAAUAUUCAAGUGAGAAAUGGAGGAAACAUUCAACAUAUUAUAUUAUCAGGACUCGAAAACUUGGCAUGCUCGGACUGUACUGACACACACUCACCUAUAAAGCGUUCAUAUUUCCUUGCACCUGCUCCACUAUUCCCAAUAUAAAUAUAUAUAUCUACUAUUUACAUCCACUAAUUAUGUACACUGAAUAACAAUCGAAAACGAUCGAGGCAGGACGAAGCACCGGUUCAGCCGGUAAUCACACUUUAAGGAUAUAGAUCGAAAGGCGGCGCACAAAGAUACAUCCCGCGAUUCUUUCGUCGAUUGUCCGGCCGAGUAAAAACGUUUAUAUCUCCUGCCGUCCUCGCAAGUUACUGAAGAAGAUUAUCUUCGUUAAUGGGUAUCGCAAUGGGGCGAGCGAUAUUAAUGAGGAUACGACCAUGAACAAAAAGCACGCAGACACGCGACAUCUCGUUAUUAUUAUUAUGCGCAAGAACACAUUGAUAUGCGCUCGCAUAUCGCGGGCGUCCUCGUCGUCGUCCUCCUCCUCGUUCUCAUCGUCAUGCUCAUCGUUCAUUCCGUAAAACAAAAAAAGAGAGAGCAAAGUAUGGCCGAGAUACGAUACGAUACGAGAAUGUCGUGAGUGAUUUCCCGGAGGUGGAUCCGAUCAGCGGCAACCCCCCGUUGGGGGUUUUAUCGGCGGACCACUUCGUGGAGAAUGACAAGUUGCUGAAUAACCUGACGGGGCGUGCUUUACGUUAAUAAUCGCAAACUUGUUGCCAGCUGAUGUUGAUGAGCGGUGCGAACGUGCGAGAGAGCGAGAGAGAGCCGCCCCCGGCCACUGUUAAUUGAGUAUAACGUAAUCGACGUGGCCGAUGAAUGAUCGGCUUCAUUUUUAGUAACGAGUUCAAGAGAGAGAGAGCUGACGAUGGAUUUGCAUAUUAAUGGACGUCAGUCAAGACGAGUCACCGGCGACCACGACGAUGACGACGACGACAACGACGACGAGGACGGGAAGAGAUACAGGCAGGACGAGGAUGAGACAAGGACGGAGGUAUGGGAGGAAAAGGCGGCUACGUGAGACGACGGCGACCGUAGGAUUUCACAUGGCAACCGAAGAUCCACCCCCCUUAGAGAGAUACCGAGGAGAGGGCUUCUGUACCUAUAAAAUAAAGUGCGUCCGAUGUCCGCCAAGCAUUAAGCUACUCCUCGUCUUGGCGUUCACACGAAGGGAAUUCUCGCUCCGGUCAAAAGAAGCGUCGUCCGCAAGAAGAGGAAGAGGAAAGGGAGUGAGAGUGAGAGGGAAAGAGAGUGAGAGUGAGAGACGAGGGGAAUAGAGAUAACUGAUUCGGAGUUUAGACUGGUAGAUCGCUAUGUUCGUUUUGCAACCUGUCCAUACAAUCGUCCUUUUAGCCGCCAUUUUUGUAAUCGGCAAGUGCUACACCUAUCCGAUGAUACUGCAACGGCAAGAGGCACAAAUGCAAGAGUGUAACGGAUGUGGCAACGAGUGCGAUAAAUGCACAUUCGGUGUCACGGUAUCGAGUUUCUGCGGUGUCAACGAAUGUCGAAAGGGACCCGGCGAGAGAUGCGGAGGUCCGAGCCAGUCACUGGGAGUGUGCGGCGCAGGGCUUAGCUGCACCUGCGGGCUAUGCACUGGCUGCAGCCUGGACGUAUACUCGCAUCCGUGUAUCCCGAAUACCUGCCCGCCUUAUCAGACCUGGGAGCAACGGAAUCAUCAUGAGAUGAACGGCGGAGUUUACUUAGACAUACACGGUAACAUCCGACCACCAGACGGCGGCAAGAUACGACGGAUCGACGAACGACGAGUGAGAGGAUUGAACAUGGAGUAAAAGUGAAUGAGGCAGGGAAAGAGAGAGGGUGGAGUAAAGGAGGCGAAGGGGGGGGGGGAAGAAUGAGAAGAAUGAGAAAAGCGGGUAUUAAUAAUUUUCCGAAUUAUUUAUUGCAUUUGACGGUGUAAUCUCAUUAGGUACCUACUAAUUGUGAUAGACAGACUCGUCAGGAUCCCGCAUCGUCUCUAUCUCCGAGACGACGGCGUGCCUGUUCGUGUUUAACGACAGUUUCUGUGAUUCCUUUUUUUUUUUUUUAUAAUAUUACUAUGUGUAUUAUUAUCCUCUCUUGUAUACUCACGUAUCGAUAAAAUGCUCGCUCGCUCGCGUGCGUGUGUGCGGGUAUGUCCAUACGCGCGCGCGGGCUGGCUUGAUCUCGCGAGAUACACGAUGAAUCAUUCCACACAUGAUUCUUGGCUGUGAAUCGCAUUUCUCUCGCAGAAUGCGCGAACACGCGCGAAACGAUGAACUGGGUUUCCUCGAUGUUCCCACGUACCGCCGUCGGGAUCUCCGCCGAAUAUUGGGAGCGCUGCGGCGGUACCAGGAGUGUGCUUCGUACGUGAUGUGAUUUUCUUCGCGAUUAAAGGCGCUUUAAAGGACGAGAAGGACCAGUUUGCUUUCGGUUUUCUCUCCUGAUUAAUUAAUUAACACGUCCGCUACGUACACGAGUUUAUUCGAGGAAUUCUUCCUGCGGACCACAAAUGCAUUUGUUCCCGUGUAAUCGCGCAAGACUUAUCAUUAGUUUAUUUAUAUGAGUACAGAAUGCAUUGCAACGCCGGUGACGAACGUGGCGAGCAGAAUUGAAAAUUUUAAACAAAGAUGAGUUUGAGAGGUGUGUAUGUGUGUGUGAGAGAGAGAGAGAGAGAGAGAGAGAGAGCAGUGACGCUCCAGUAGCGAACGUGUUAACCAUGUGAAAUGCUUUGGCGAAACGCCGUCCUAUGUAACGGAAAACAGAAUAAAAUUGGCUGCAUUCA